CCGGUUCUUUGCUUGACGUUGCAUCCGGAUAAAAUUCAGAUAAUGUUGCCAAGAAUAAAGUAUCUUCCGUUCAUUUCUGUAUAUUAAAUUCUGUUCAGAUUUCUUUGUGGAGGAUGAAAAGCUCCCCGCUUUGCUGUGAGGAUUUCGCUGCGGCCGCCCUCCUCUUAAAGGCUGCUUCAAAGCUGCCUCCCUCCGUCCGGAGCUCAUUGUUAGCCUAGCUUUAGCCAUGCUCGCAGCCGCUUUCACUUAUUUCCGCGCUGGGACCACCGCUGCUAGCUAGCAUAGUAGCUGGCUAGUUAAGCUUUAUUUUUUAGGUAACUCUGUCGUUUUUUUGAGUGUGUGCAGGGUGUAUUUUCUUUGAUUUCUGAGGUAUUUAUUAUAAAACCGUGAGAGACUAGAGCGGUUCUUCUUUUCUUUUUUAAAGCGCUCGGACAGGGACGGUGUGUUUGCUAAUAGCUAACCCGCACACCUUACUUUGAAGGAAACGUUUCUUCAUUUAUCUUACUCAACCUGCUCGGGGUUAUUUGACGCAACGGGGCUUUUAGUUGGAGCUUCACCAUUUUUUAUUUUAUUUUUGAAAAAAAAAAAGGUACAUUUGAGCCACUAUGGCUUCCUCCUCUGGCAACGACGAUGAUCUGACAAUCCCCAGAGCAGCGAUCAACAAGAUGAUCAAAGAGACAUUGCCUAACGUAAGGGUUGCUAACGACGCCCGGGAGCUGGUGGUGAACUGCUGCACGGAGUUCAUCCACCUGAUCUCCUCUGAAGCCAACGAAAUAUGCAACAAAUCCGACAAAAAGACUAUUUCUCCGGAGCAUGUCAUCAACGCGCUGGAGAGCCUCGGUUUCGCUUCAUACAUAACGGAGGUGAAAGAUGUCCUGCAGGAGUGUAAGAGUGUAGCUCUGAAGAGGAGGAAGGCUAGCUCCCGGUUGGAGAACUUGGGCAUCCCAGAAGAGGAGCUGCUCAGGCAGCAGCAGGAGUUAUUUGCAAAGGUAGGAUUUCCUGAAGGGCAAAGAUGCAUGACUGGUUGGUUCAGGCUCAAUUUGCAUAGUUGCUUGUUGAGAAAUGCAGGAUGAUCUAUGAACACUUUCACAAGUGGUGGGUCUGAAUAUGUCCUGGUUAGCAAUGGUUUCACAUUCUUGCUGAGGUAAAUGUAGUGGUGAACUCAACAGAUGGGACAAAUCCUGCUAAAAUAAUUAUCUUGGUUCUUAGUCCUCAUAUUCAUGUUCAGAUACCGGAACCUGAAGUUACCAUCAAAAUGCUGGUGAAGGUUCUCAGCCAUCCCAGUGUUUCCCACAGGAUUUUAGGAGACUGUGGUGGGAGAGUCUCUGACCCUCGGGGGUUUUCAUGUGUGCACAUUUUUAAGCAUUGUGUAU